ACAAGUGCUGAACUCAAUGCCAAUCUCCUCGAUAUACAUAAUCAACGCCUUGCCCAUAUGGUCGCAACGCAAGUGGAUUUUGUAAGUUUUCCCCUGUUUUCCGGUAAUGGACGCAAUAACAAUCUUGUAACAAUCAGAUGGUUCUCUCCUGUGCUUCACCUUGCAUUCAAGGCAUAUCGGAUCCUUCCACAGCUGAAUCAACGGCAGUUCGCAUUAAUAAUGAGUUGGCGGCCCAGAUAUCUGAUCCCUCAGCAGGGAAUAGCACCGGUAGAUUCGGAGCAUUCGCUGCCCUGUCAAUGCACAAUGCAACCGCAGCGGCAGCAGAAUUGAGAAGGACGGUAGAGGAGCUAGGAUUCCUUGGUGCACUAGUGAAUGAUUAUCAGCAGAGUGGAGCGAACAAUGACACCCUCCUCUUUUACGACCAACCGGAAUACGAUAUAUUCUGGUCUACGGUCAUUGAGCUUGACGUUCCAGUCUACUUCCAUCCCAGAACAAACGUCGCGCCCAUUUCCACGUUGUUAUAUACCCAAGCUCCGUGGUUGAGGGGCGCUGGACAAGAGUUUGCCGUAACAUUAUCGAACCAUAUUUUGGGAUUGUGCACGAAUGGAGUGUUCGAUCGUUUCCCUUCCUUGAAAAUCAUUGUAGGCCAUAUGGGAGAACGAAUUCCCUCUGACUUGGACCGUAUAGAUAAAGAAAUCGCACGCCAAAAAGUCCUUGGAAUGCCCAUGCUCCGCAAUGUUUCGUCGUAUUUCGAGACCAACAUCUGGACCACCUCAUCGGGUUCGUUUUCCCCUGCAUUGCUUGAGUAUCACAAAGAGGAGAUUGGAUUAGAGAGGAUAAUGUAUUCGAUUGAUUAUCCGUUUGAAACUAUGGAGGACGGAAAAGUAUUCCUGGAUGAGCUCGAGGAUGAGUUGACGGAAGAAGAGCUGAGAAAAUUCACCAGGGAGACGGCAAUUGCAUUGCUCAAGUUGGAUGGAUGACAGUGGUAGAUCAGUAGUGUACUAAAUGCUGUAUCUAAUAGUUCAAAGACCGGAAAGGAUGAAGAGAUCUGAGUGGCACGAGACAGAAAAAA